AUGUCCCACCAACAGCAAUUGGACAUUAGAAAAUACGGCUGGACUGCCGUUCCAAGAGACCGUUCUAACGUCCCAUCUGCCGAUGAUGUUCUUGGAACGGUCGGGGGAAUAACCGACCUCGAAAAGCUCUGGCCAAUAACAGAUGUGACUAUCAAGGCGCGAGAAUACGCAAAGAAUGAGUUGCGUACAGAGACCUACAACCACAGUUUGAGAGUAUUCUGCUACGGCUACCAAAUGAUUGUACAGCACUUCCCAGACUGGAUUAGCAGCGCCUUCUUCGAAACCUGGGCGCUAACAUGCCUCUUCCACGACAUCGGCACCACACCCCAAAACAUGUCUUCCACGCACAUGUCUUUUGAAUUUCAGGGCGGUUUCAUUGCUUUGACGAAGUUGCAGGAGUUUGGUGCUCCCAAAGUGCAGGCAGAGAGUGUUGCAGAAGCCACCAUCCGGCACCAAGAUCCCGGACAGACGGGCACGAUUAGUGCCAUGGGACAGUUGAUACAGAUUGCCACGGAGUUUGAACGAGACAACAUGGGUUGGCAACCCCAUCUUGUAAACAGGGAGGUUAUUGAUGCGGUGACCCGCCAACUGCCUAGGUUGGGAUGGUCAAACUGCUUCUCCACCCAGAUUCAGAAGGAGAUCGAAGAGAAGCCUUGGUGUCAUACGACGGCUAUCCCGAACUUUGCGGAGGCUGUGGCUGGGAAUGAACUUAUGAAACCUUACGAGUAG